UUCCUAGAGCAACUGCGGGUCUGGUACCAGAGUUUCUUGGCUUCCACAUUCCCUGCUCCGUCCAGCCACUCGGAAGCCAUGGAAGUGGCAGAGCCCAGCAUUCAUACCGAAGAGGAGGAGGAAGAGGGAGAGGAGGAAGAGCAAUCCGCCGAGCCACGCCCCCGAACGCGCUCCAACCCUGAGGGGGCCGAGGACCGGGGACUCGGGGCGCAGGCCAGUGUCGGCAGCCGCAGUGAGGGUGAAGGUGAGGCGGCCAGUGCUGAGGAUGGGACCCCCAAUCCAGCGGGAGCGGGCCCCAAGCCCUGGACUGUACCCCCGCCAGCCCCCGAGGUCCAGAUUCGUACACCAAGGGUCAACUGUCCAGAAAAGGUGAUCAUCUGCCUGGACCUAUCUGAGGAAAUGUCGCUACCGAAGCUGGAGUCAUUCAACGGCUCCAAGACCAAUGCCCUCAAUGUCUCUCAGAAAAUGAUAGAGAUGUUCGUGCGCACCAAGCAUAAGAUCGAUAAGAGCCACGAGUUUGCGCUGGUCGUGGUGAACGACGACUCGGCCUGGCUGUCCGGCCUGACCUCCGACCCCCGCGAGCUCUGCAGCUGCCUCUACGACCUGGAGACGGCGUCUUGCUCCACAUUCAAUCUCGAAGGCCUCCUCAGCCUCAUCCAGCAGAAGACCGAGCUGCCUGUCACCGAGAAUGUGCAGACCAUUCCGCCUCCUUAUGUGGUCCGCACCAUCCUUGUCUACAGCCGCCCACCCUGCCAGCCUCAAUUCGCCCUGACGGAGCCCAUGAAGAAAAUGUUCCAGUGCCCAUAUUUCUUCUUCGACGUUGUAUACAUCCACGACGGCACCGACGAGAGGGAGGAGGAGAUGAGUUGGAAGGACAUGUUCGCCUUCAUGGGCAGCCUGGAUACCAAGGGUACCAGCUAUAAAUACGAAGUACCUCUAGCUGGGCCGGCCCUGGAGUUGCACAACUGCAUGGCGAAGCUGUUAGCUCAUCCUCUUCAGCGACCCUGCCAGAGCCACGCCUCUUACAGCUUGCUGGAGGAGGAUGAGGAAACUACUGGCGAGGGCGAGGCCACUGUCUGAACCUUCCGAAUUCAUCCUUGUACUUUUACCCUGGUUCUUAAGUCCCACUUCUUAAAUUUAACUCAUGGGUAUCCUCUUUAGAUGUUCCACGAGGCCCUCAGAGUGCUUGGGGGUGAGGGGAGGUCCUGGAAUGAAACCCAGGAUUCCAGGAGGCCUCCACGGGCUCCUGGCACCCGUCCCUCAUUUUUUCCCAGGCCACACUUCACUCCAAGUUUGUCAGUUACAGUUCUUGUUCUCCCUGUGUGUUUUUUGUCAUAAAACUAUCUCUUGAGUAUCUCAAAAAAUUAAAAAUUUGAA